AUCGGGCCCCCAGGAGGGGCGACAGGCAUCGGACCCCCAGGCGGGGCGACAGGUCUCGGGCCCCCAGGCGGAGCGGCGGGCACCGAGACACCAGGCACGACAGUGGGCUCCGAGUCAACUGGUAUGACCGCAGGCACUGGGUCAGACAUUGGAUGGUCUGGCUGGACAGCGGGCAUCGGGUCACCAAGCAUCAGGUCAUUUGGCUCGACAGCGGGCACCGCGUCAUCUGGCAAGGCAGUGGGCACCGAGUCACCAGGUACGACAGCGGGCUCUGAGUCAAUUGGCACGACAGCGGGCACCGGAUCAGGUACCGGAUCAUCUGGAUCAACAGCGGGCAUCGAGUCAACUGGCCUAAUAGGAUCGUCAGGCUGGAUCAGUUCAUCAUGCCGAGUAGAGGCUUCAGGCCGAGUAGAGGCAUCAGGCCGAGUAGAGGCAUCAGGCCGAGUAGAGGCAUCAGGCCGAGUAGAGGCUUCAGGCCGAGUAAGAGGCUUCAGGCCG